GUCAAGUUGGAACGUCGAACGCGCUGAUUUUAUUCGAUUAACGGUAACCAGUGCGGAAAAUUUGCGAAUGCAUUAAUUAUUUAUCAAAAACUUGUUUAGGCGAAGACACGGUACUAUUUACAACGCGUUGGAAACAACUUAACUUAUACUUAUUACCAAGUUGACCUUAAUAAGAAAGAAAUGUGGUUUUUACUAUGGAUAAUAAUCGUACUAAUGUCGAUAAAGAUCUUCAACAAGCUAUCGACGGGAAGAUGUUACAUAGACACCGUGAUGAGCGGAAAAGUCGUCGUUGUAACCGGAGCCAGCGGCGGCAUAGGAUUCGAGACAGCUCUAGAACUGGCUAGAAGGGGCGCAAAAUUGAUAAUCGCUUGCAGAAGCCACGAAAAGGGGGAGAAGGCUGUUAGAAAAAUUGUAAAGAUCACAAAAAACAAACGAAUCCGUUUCAUACAUCUGGAUUUGACGUCGUUGAAGUCAGUGAGGAAGUUCGUAGAGGAAUUAAAAGCGACGGAGGUGAAAUUGGACGUACUCAUCAAUAACGCCGGAGCGAUUUGUACGACUCGAGAACGAACCGAGGACGGCAUACUGAAAGAUCUGCAAAUCAAUUAUUUAGGACCUUAUCUGUUGACCGUAUUAUUAGUACCGAUGUUAAAAAACGCUGCACCGAGUCGCGUCGUGGUCGUGUCGUCGUCGUGGCACAAAUUUGGCACAAUCGAGGACUUGAACAGUGGAAGGCACGGAUACAUCCAGUCAUACGCAAACACCAAGCUAUGUAACGUGCUAUUCAGCAAAGAAUUGGCCAGAAGGCUCGAAGGCACAGAAAUAGAAGUCAAUAGCUUGAAUCCUGGACAGGUUAAUACGUCGUUGUACAGAAGCUCAACCGUGCUGGAAAAAAUUAGGAGUCUGUUACUUUACUCUUUCUUCAAAACACCCGAGGAGGGCGCUCAGACGUCAAUAUAUCUGGCAGUUUCACACGAGUGUGAUCAGAUCAGCGGUGAGUACUUCGAGGACUGCAGACUGUCCAAGGCUUCGUACAAGGCCCAUGACGAGGAAGCGGCCGCGAAACUGUGGUCGAUAUCGCAGGAACUUGUCAAACUGACGCCGGACGAGAUGGGCGCAUGUUUUACUAAAGUGAUUUCAUGAUUCAACGUCGAAUUAUACCGAUUAUGGACAUAAAUAAUUUCAAUAUUACCUAAUUACGUUUUUAUGGGUGCUUGUCAUAAAAUUGGAUAUUAAUUAUGAAUUUCACACUUUGGUAUAUAAAGUUAUCAUAUAAAAUAAUUAUUGAUUGUUUAUAGUCCUCUUUCCUUGGUUAAAUUUAAGGCACAACUGAAAUAAAUUCCUAUCAAAAUCUGUUUACAUUUUAAAAUAAGCGAAAACGAUCUAUAAUUAUAUAUUAUAAGUAUAGAUGUGUUUGAGGCAACAACUGAAAUAAAUUCUUAUCAAAAUCUGAUUACAUUUUAAAAUAAGCGAAAACGAUCUGUAAUUAAAUAUUAUAAGUAUAGAUGUGUUUGUGGUCAGUGAUAAACUGUUCUGAUAUAACUGUACCGUGUCAUAGAAUGAAUCCGGUUUUAGCAAAAAUCACACAUAGCUUGUUAGAGCGAUGUUAAAUUCUAGAAUCUAGACUAAAAUACAACACGCUUUAGCAAUAAUUAAAAAAAAAAAAAAACCUAAAAUGUAUAUUAGUAACACAAACCAAACAAGUUCAUUUAUCAAAAAUAUAUUAAUUUAACACAACUCAUAAAAAAAAAUAGUUUAUAUGUAUUAUUGACGAUCGACUAUUGUUGUAUAGAAUUGAAGUAUCUUAUAAUAAAUAAAUCAAUUCGAUUAGCUCGACGUUGAACAGGCUGUUAUGGACAAGCGCACCCAAACGCAGUACAUUGACACAAGAGACACACAGGCACACCGGAUGCGGUGCAAAAACGUUUGCUCACUCGCACACGAGCACCUCACGAGAUGUCUUUUCAAAUGUACGAUUUAGUUUGAGAAAUAAACCGAGAUAGCCCAGGCUAGGACAGAACUCAUCAACUGACGAUUGCGGGUUAAAUCCCGACCAAGCCCUUAAGUCAUGGCCAUAAGUUCAUGUGCUUAUUUUGUGUUAAUAAUUCAUCUUGCGCUCGGCGGUGAGGGAAAUUGACGGAUGAAAAUUUUCCACAUGUGUAUAUAUACCAUGCAUUCGAGCUGCGGAUUAAGCUCCGAACCUUUUUCUCGGAAUGGAGGCAUUAGCUAUUACUUUAAAUAUAAAAAAUACUAUUUAUUAAAACUGUUAUUAAAUUUUAAGGUAACAUGUACCUGUACAUGUACAUGACCACUUUGUAAAGUGAGUCUAAAGGCAUUAAU